GGAUGCUUAUAUAUAUAUGGAGGAAGGGGUUAUUCUUCUGCAGUGGGUAGCGGGGCGGAAGCGUGUCCACGGCGCUGGUGUCGAGACCAGAACAAUCAUCAGAGCCGUACACUUGUAGCCGAGAGUCUGACGUUGUAGGAAGGCAUCAAGCGCCACCACCAUGCCUGGCCACGUGUCCCUCAAGAGCAGCGGGCCCGACCCCGACCCCACCGAGUUCUUGUUCGUCUCGGCCGAGAUGAAGCGGAAGGAUCAGACGAAGCCUUACGACCCGAAGAAGUCCGUGUGGGCGCCCGACCCCGAAGAAGGCUUCGUGGAAUCCGUCCUCAUGGGUGCCAAAGGCGAUAAGCUAGUCUCAGUCAAGUUGCCCAAUGGAGAGACGAAGGACUUCAAGAAAGACCUUAUUGGCCAGGUCAACCCUCCCAAGUACGAAAAGUGUGAGGAUAUGUCCAACCUAACUUUCCUCAAUGACGCCUCUGUCCUCUACAACUUGAAGACUCGCUAUCAAGCCAGGCUCAUCUACACUUACUCUGGCCUCUUCUGUAUCGCCGUCAACCCCUACAAGCGUUACCCCAUCUACACCAACCGCGUCGUCAAGAUCUACCAGGGCAAGAGGCGUAAUGAGGUGCCUCCCCAUCUAUUCGCCAUCUCCGACGGCGCUUACACUAACAUGAUGCAAGAUCGUAUGAACCAGUCGAUGCUCAUCACUGGCGAGUCCGGGGCCGGCAAGACUGAGAACACGAAGAAGGUGCUGUCCUACUUCGCCAACGUCGGUGCAAGUGAAAAGAAAGGAGAGAAAAAGCAGAACCUGGAGGACCAGAUCAUUCAGACCAACCCUGUCUUGGAGGCCUUUGGUAACGCUAAGACCGUCCGUAAUGAUAACUCGUCUCGCUUCGGCAAGUUCAUCCGCAUUCACUUCGGCCCCAUUGGCAAGCUGUCUGGAGCUGACAUCGAAGUUUAUCUGCUGGAGAAGGCUCGUGUAAUCUCUCAACAGCCGCUUGAGCGCUCCUAUCAUAUCUUCUACGAGUUGAUGUGCGACCAAGUUGAUUACGUUAAAAAGAUUUGCCUCUUGUCCGAUGACAUCUACGAUUACCGUUAUGUGUCUCAAGGGAAAGUUACCGUCCCCUCCAUUGAUGACAAAGAAGAUAUGCAGUUCACCCAUGAUGCCUUCGACAUCCUUAACUUCAGCAACGAGGAAAGAGAGGAUUGCUACAAGGUCACCGCGGUUGUCAUGCACUUGGGCAACAUGAAGUUCAGGCAGAGAGGACGCGAGGAGCAGGCUGAGGCGGAGGGCUCGGAGGCUGGUGAAACCAUUGCCAAGUUGCUGCUGACCGACGGCGAGGAGCUUUACCGGAACUUCUGCAAGCCCAAGAUUAAGGUCGGCGCCGAAUUUGUCACGCAAGGCAGGAAUGUCGACCAAGUGAAUGCCAACGUGGGCGCCAUUGCGAAGGGCCUGUUCGACCGAACCUUCAAGUGGCUUGUGAAGAAGUGCAACAUCACGCUUGAAACUGGCCAGACCCGAGCCAUGUUCAUUGGUGUGCUCGACAUUGCUGGCUUUGAGAUCUUCGAUUUCAACGGCUUCGAGCAAAUUUGCAUCAACUUCUGUAACGAGAAGUUGCAGCAGUUCUUCAACCACCACAUGUUUGUGCUGGAGCAGGAGGAGUACGCCCGAGAGGGGAUUGUGUGGCAGUUUGUCGACUUCGGGAUGGAUCUGCAGGCCUGCAUCGAACUUUUCGAAAAGAAACUAGGCGUUUUGUCCAUCCUCGAAGAAGAGUCGAUGUUCCCAAAGGCGACAGACAAGUCAUUUGAAGAGAAACUGAACGCCAACUGUCUCGGCAAGUCGCCCUGCUUCCUCAAGGCCAAACCUCCGAAGCCAGGCCAGGCUGAGGGUCACUUCGCCAUCGUCCACUACGCCGGCACUGUGACUUACAACCUGACUGGCUGGCUGGAGAAGAACAAGGAUCCCCUCAACGAAACCGUCGUGGACCAGCUCAAGAAGGCCAGCAAUAAACUUAUUGUGGAGCUCUUCGCUGACCAUCCUGGCCAGUCAGGAUGUACGGAAGGCAAAGGCGGCAAAGGGAAAUCACCAGCUGGAUUUAAAACUGUCUCUCUGGGAUAUAAGGAGCAGCUGAACAACCUGAUGAGGACAUUGAACGCCACUCACCCGCAUUUCAUCCGCUGCAUCGUGCCCAACGAGACCAAAUCGCCAGGUGUUGUUGAUUCUGGCCUCAUCAUGCACCAGCUGACCUGCAACGGCGUGCUCGAGGGUAUCCGUAUCUGUCGCAAGGGCUUCCCCAACAGGAUGCCUUACUAUGACUUCAAACGUCGAUACACCAUUUUAGCUUCUAAAGCCAUGGCUGAGUGCACGGAUGACAAGAAGGCUGCAGCUGUAUGUCUUUCAGCCGUUGAACUCCCUGAAGAGAGCUAUCGACUUGGUAAUACUAAGGUGUUCUUCCGUGCUGGAAUGCUUGGCCAGCUCGAAGAAAUUCGGGAUGACCGACUGGGCAAAGUAUUAGCGUGGCUUCAGGCCUGGAUUCGAGGCUUUAGAAGUCGUAAGGUAUAUCAGCAGCUCCAGGAACAACGCCAAGCCCUCAUCGUCGUGCAGCGCAACCUGAGGAAAUACAUGAAGCUUCGUAACUGGGCUUGGUACCGCAUGUGGCAGAUGGUGAAGCCACUCCUCAACGUCACGCGCAUCGAGGACGAGAUGCAUGCCCUCGAGGAGAAGGUAACUAAGGCAGAGGAGGACUAUGAACGGGAAGCGAAACUUCGGAAGGAACUCGAAGCAACAAACGUAGCUCUAAUGGAAGAAAAAAACAAUCUGCUUCUGGCUUUAGAAUCUACCAAAGGCAAUGUAUCGGAGUACCUCGACAGGGAGAAUAAGCUUCAGCGGCAGAAAACUGAACUGGAGGGUCAACUUAGUGAAACAAUGGAGCGUCUGCAAGAAGAAGAGGAAGCACGAAGUAAACUGAUGGAUCUCAAGAAGAAAGCUGAACAGGACAUCGGUGGCCUCAAGAAGGAUCUCGAAGACUUCGAAUUAUCGCUGCAAAAAGCUGAACAGGAAAAGGCUUCUAAAGAUCAUCAAAUCCGCAGCCUUAAUGAAGAAAUGGCCCACCAAGACGAGCUGAUAGUCAAAGUUAACAAAGAAAAGAAACAGCUUCAGGAGUGUAACAGGAAAAUCGCUGAGGACGUUCAGACUGUGGAAGACAAAUGCACGCAUCUUAACAAGGUCAAGGCUAAACUGGAACAGUCUCUUGAUGAACUUGAAGAUUCACUUGAACGCGAGAAGAAACUGCGCGGUGAACUUGAGAAAACAAAGAGAAAAGUUGAAGGCGACCUGAAGCUUACCCAAGAAGCUGUGACAGACCUGGAGCGCAGCCAAAAGGAUCUUGAUCUGGCUAUUCAGAGAAAAGACAAGGAAAUUGCUGCCCUUGCCUCCAAAGUCGAGGAUGAACAGAACUUAGUCUCCAAGCUGAAUCGACAAAUUAAGGAGUUACAAGUCCGCAUUGAAGAACUGGAGCAAGAGGUGGACGAGGAGCGGCAAGGAAGAUCGAAGGCUGAGAAGUCAAAAACGGCGCUCGUGCGAGAACUUGAGGAAAUUAGUCAGCGUCUUGACGAAGCUGGCGGUGCAACUGCCAUGCAAAUUGAACUGAACAAGAAGCGUGAGACCGAACUCGUCAAGCUCCGCCGCGAUUUGGAAGAAGCGAACAUUCAGCACGAAGCCGCCAUAGCCAGCCUUCGGAAGAGACACGGCGAUGCGGUCGGGGAACUGACGGAACAAGUCGAAAAUCUGAACAGGCUGAAGGCGAGGAAUGAAAAGGAAAAGGCCACUCUAAAGCGAGAAAACGAAGAUACUCGACUGGCUAUGGACGAACUUCUUCGGGACAAGGUGAGCGCCGAGAAGAUGAGCAAGCAGCUCAUGCAGAUGAACAGCGAGCUGCAGGCCAGGCUGGACGAGGCCAACCGGACCGUCAACGAUCUGGAUCUCUCGAAGAAGAAACUCGCCGUUGAGAAUUCCGACCUUAUUCGCCAGCUAGAAGAGUCCGAGAACCAGAAUGCUCAGCUCUCGAAGCUGAAGCUGUCGCUUUCCAAUCAGCUUCAGGACACGCAGAAAAUGGCGGAGGAGGAGUCUCGGGAACGCACGUCGCUGCUGGGCAAGUUCCGCAACCUCGAGCACGACGUCGACGGCCUUCGGGAACAGCUGCAGGAGGAGAGCGACGCCAAGGCUGACCUCCUGCGCCUGCUGUCCAAGGCCAACGGGGACGUCCAGAUGUGGCGCUCCAAGUAUGAGUCGGAGGGCGUCGUCCGUGUGGAGGAGCUCGAGGCUUCGCGCUCCAAGCUCGCGGCGCGACUAGAGGAAGCGGAGAACCAGAUCGAACAGCUCAACAUCAGAAACGUCAAUCUUGAAAAACUGAGAGAAAGGGCCUCCGCGGAUGUCGAAAGCAUGCAGAUCGCCCUCGAACGCGCGCAGACAUUGGCGAGCACUGCCGAAAAGCGACAGAAGAACUUUGACAAAAUUAUAGGCGAAUGGAAGACGAAGGUUGAUGAUCUCGGAGCCGAGCUCGAUGCCUCCCAAAAGGAAUGCCGCAACUACUCCACCGAGCUGUUCCGCGUGAAGGCCGCCUACGAAGAGAGCCUCGACCAGAAUGAUACCAUUCGCCGUGAGAACAAGAACCUCUCCGACGAAAUUAAGGACUUGAUGGAUCAAAUCGGCGAAGGAGGUCGGUCUCUUCACGAAGUUCAGAAAACGGCAAAGAGAUUUGAAAUUGAAAAAGAAGAAUUACAAUCUGCACUUGAAGAAGCUGAAGUUGCCCUUGAGCAGGAAGAAAAUAAGGUUCUUCGCAGCCAGCUGGAAUUGAGCCAAGUCAGACAAGAGAUCGAGAGACGUAUCCAAGAGAAGGAAGAGGAAUUCGAUAACACACGGAAAUGUCACCAGCGAGCACUGGACUCUUUGCAAGCAUCCCUCGAGGCUGAGGCAAAGGGCAAGGCGGAAGCUGUCCGCAUAAGAAAGAAACUUGAAUCCGACAUCAACGAGACGGAACUUGCGCUGGAACACUCAAAUAAGGCGAUCUCUGACCUACAAAAGCACGUCAAGAAAAUGCAGAACGAGUUGAGAAAACUGUCCCUGGCGAUCGAAGAGGAGCAGCGACAGUCGUCUGAAUAUCGCGAACAGUACAGCAUCGCCGAGCGCCGCGCCAAUGCCCUCGUGGGUGAGCUCGAGGAGACACGCACCCUCCUCGAGCAGUCCGACCGCAGUCGCCGCCAGGCCGAGGCCGACCUCUCGGACGCGCAGGAACGCAUCGGGGAACUUUCAACGCAAAACGGCAACCUCAGUCUGUUCAAGAGGAAACUGGAGAGCGAGUUGCAGACUGUUCAGGCUGACCUCGACGAGAUGAUGAGCGAGACGAAGCAUUGCGAGGAGAAGGCCAAGAAGGCCAUGAUCGACGCCGCCCGCCUCGCCGAUGAACUUCGCUCCGAGCAAGAGCACGCUCAGGCCCAGGAGAAGAUGCGCAAGGUCGCAGAAGUCGCCGUAAAGGAAAUGCAAGUUCGCCUUGAAGAAACUGAGAACUUCGCCCACAAGACUAGCAAGCAGACGAUUGAGAAGCUGGAGAGCCGCGUGAGAGAGCUGGAGGCUCAGCUGGAGAGGGAGUCUACUCAGCACGUCGAGGCGCAGAAGACACUAAGGAAGUGCGAGCGACGCAUCAAGGAACUCGGCUUCCAGUCCGACGAGGACAGAAAGAAUCACGAAAGGAUGCAGGAUCUCGUUGACAAACUCCAGCAGAAGGUAAAGACGUACAAGCGACAGAUCGAGGAGGCAGAAGAGAUCGCCGCUCUGAACCUUGCAAAGUUCAGAAAAGCUCAGCAGGAGCUGGAGGAGAGGGAGGAUCGUGUUGACGCCGUUGUCAUGCAAAGAGAUUAUACAAGCAUGCAUAGAGACGUCCACAACAUGCACAGAGAGGUUUCCAUCUCUCGUCUAAUGGAGAAUCUUGGCCCACAUGUGCCCCCCCAAUAAAGACUACGUAUGUGAUGUGUAAGGACAAUCGCAUGUUGCAGCAUAAACCAGAUUUUCUUAUAUAGGUCUCAGGCAUCAAAGUAGGUCUCGUGCAUAAAAUGUACAAAUUACAAUAAUUAUUAAUAAUCGGCAAUAAGGAGACACAAUGUAGGUAACAUUGAUACCGAAAAGAGAAGUAGCAAUUACAAUAGUUCAUUAUAGGUGCCUUAUUUCUUGUAUGCUAAAUAAACCUUAUUUCGGAA